UUAUGAAUAUUUUAAUGUCUCUCUUUCUAUUUUCCGGCUCUUGUAGCGUUUGAUGAUAUAUAUAUCUUCUUCACCAGCCUAUCUUCUCCCCCUAGCUCCUUCAUCAUCUUUAUAGUCUCUAAUACCAUCUCUCUAUAAACAAUUUUCUCUUUUCAUUAUUUUCAUAUAUCAUGGGUGAUCAGAAUAGCUCUCAAGCAUCUUACAUCCAUUUGGUGCAUCAUUUGAUAGAAGAAUGCAUAUUGUUCAACAUGGGCAAAGAAGAGUGUAUGGAUGCUCUGUUCAAGCAUGCUAAUAUCAAGCCUAUCAUCACUUCCACAGUGUGGAAGGAGCUAGAGAAAGAGAACAAAGAGUUCUUCGAGGCAUACGAGAGAAGACGAGUAGAAAUACCGACCGAGAAAGAGACAGCUGGAAGAAUCCGAGAUUUACUUUCACGAACUACAAUCUAAGAUCAUGUCACCUACUUUUUUACUUACACAUACAUUCACAUACACAUCUAUAUAUUAUAUAGGUAUGUGUAUGCUAUGCAUGUAUGAUGAAAAAAAAAUGUAUAUGGAUGAUCCGAUUCUAAAUACCUAUUAGACAUAUGUAUCGUAAUUUUCAUUAGGAAUGAAUAAAUUCACCAAUAGGAAUAUAUAUAUGUCUUUCUCAUCUCCAUUUAAGAAGUUUUUGGCACCCCUUUUUCUUUACGA